AUGAAGGGAAAUAAAGCAAUGAAAUUGCAAUUUCAAGGCCGGGAAGGGUCUGGAGAGGCUGAUGAUGAGACCUGUGAACUCGACGGCGAUGGCAGCAGUGUACAGCGCAAGGAAACAGCAGAAAGCAACACAGUAAACCCAACAGGCCCUUCGCCUCCUUCUCCUUUCGAUACUGCAGGAUGGUGUAGCCGUUUAUUUUUCCGCUGGCUGAACGACGUGACUGUGCGGUGUCUGCACGGGUCUAUAGACCCUCAGGAGCUGCCUUCACUGAAGCAGGCAGACAUAAAGGAGAUGCACAAAGGGCCUCUCGAUGCCUCUCUUCUGACUGAAGAGCUGCAUCAUGCAAAGCCCUCCAUAUUGAGGGCCACUCUGCGUCAGUUCUGGAAGCCAGUUGUCGUUGCAAUGCUGUGGGCGAUGGUGAAGGAGAUACUCAGCUUCGGCCUACUGGCAGCAGGGACCCUCUCUGCUGUGCAGCUGCUUCUCGUGUGUAUGGACAGCCACUUAGAUUUCUACACGUGUAGAAUAUCAAUUAGGGUGGAGGCGGCGCUCUUAACUUCUAUUUACAAGCGAUUGCUGCAUGCAGAGAGUGCACGCAGCCCUGAACUUGUCAUAGUGAGGAGGAGCCCAUACACCCGAACUACUGGCCGAAGCACCGCAGAGGAGAAGAAGAAGAAAGCAACAGAAGCAACAACAAGCACAACGCCUCUCUAUCCUGAGAGAGAAGACAAGAAGGGAGCUAUAUUCAAUAUUGUCUUCGUUGAUAUUCCUUCAAUUGCAGAGAUGGUGAUGGCCUCCGUUGAUCUUCUUCUUCUUCCUCUUCGUAUAGGGCUUGCUGCUCUUUUGCUGGCUACGCAGGUGGGCGUUCACUGCAUUCCGGGUGUAUUGACGCUUGUGUUUAUUGUUUUAUUUGCUAUUUGCAUUGAGACCUACAACAGCUUUUUAAAGAUACCCUUUAUGGCUGAGAGAGACUUGCGGCUGGAGCGAAGCCACGAGUGUCUGAGUGAAAUGCGUACGGUGCGGCUAUUGGGGUGGGAAGACAUCGCUGAAGGAGCAGCUACAUCUAUUGGGACCUUCGCUGCUUUCACUUUUCCAUUGAUUAACGGCGGAUCAGCGCAAACAACAAAUAUGAAGGCUGAGUUGGUGAUUCCUAUCGUUCAUGUGCUGGACAGCUUCGUGGGGCCCUUAGCAGACCUGCCUUAUACUCUUUCUACUUUGAUAGAAGGCAGCAUUUCUCUCAACAGAAUCCGCAGCUAUAUCUUUAAAUCCCAGCCAGUCGCGGCGUUACCCCCUCCUGCUGCUGCUCCUGCUGCUGCUCCUGCUGCUGCUCCUGCAACGACAGGCCAGCAGCAGCUCGCCCCAGAGAACGAGCCGCUGCUGCACACUGUCACACGCGGAACAGGAGAUGCUGAUGAUAGCCAGUUGCAAGAGCAGCAACAAGAGCAGCAGCAGCUCGAUGCAGAAUUGGUUCAAGUUUCCCGGAAGAUGCUUGAAGCUGUCAACGACCCCAACGUUAAAAUCCGCUUCAUCUCUGCUUCCUUCUCCUGGCAGCCUGCAGCAGCAGCAGCAACAGCAGCAGCAGCAGCAGCAGCAAGAGCAGCAGCAGCAGCAGCAUAUCCUUGCGGCGUUCCUCGUGUGUUGGUGUGCCCAGCUGCUGCUGAGGCGGAACUGCGUUUAUCUCUGAAGCGAAUAACUCUCGACAUUAAGCGAGGUCAGACUGUCUUAGUUACGGGGCCCCCAGGCAGCGGCAAGACAACGCUGGUGCUUGCAGCAAUACGCAAAGACACUCUGCACCUGACGGAAGGCGCAAAGUAUAUCAGUGGAGGCCUCGGAUUAGACAACCAGCAGCACAUCAUCAGCAGCAACAGCAGCAACAGCAGCAACAUCAGCAGAAGCUGGGGUCGGAGGCAGAGACAUGCAUCGGGUUUCCUUGCUGAUCCUUCUCCUGCUGCUAGUGCUGCUGCUGUUGCUGCUGCUGGUGCUCCUGUAGGGUAUGUGCCUCAGGAGCCGUGGCUGUGUGGAGGCACUGUUCGGGAGAAUAUAACGUUUGGAGAGUCUUUUCAUUUCCCCACGUACACCGCAGUGGUGGAGGCUUGCGAUUUAAAUAAAGAUUUUUGCGGCUGGGCGCAGAGAGAUCUCCGCCUAAUUGAUGAAGGAGGCCUAGACCUCAGCGGCGGGGAGCGUGUCCGAUUAAACAUAGCUAGGGCAGUGUACAGCUGCAAAAUGCAUCAAUAUAAAACAAAACAACGAUUUGCUGAAGCCAAGCAAAUCAGCAACAAGAGGAAACGCGAGCUGGCGCAGACUCUCCGAGAUGAGGUGUACAAACAGCUUCUCGCUCCUCCUCAUGCUCCUGCUGCUGCUGCUGCAGAAGAAGGCAAGGAGUAUCAACUGGGUGCGGAAGAAGAAGAGAGUAAAGAUGAAGGGGAACAGAGAGAGGCUGAAGAAGAAGAGGAAUGCUUUGGUUCUCUGCUUUGUUUUGAUGAAUGCUUUAAUCACUUAGACCCAAAUGUUGCUUGUCUUGUAUUUAAUAAUCUCUUUGGCUCCAACGGACUCCUCCGCGACUCUGCUGUUCUCGUCGCCAUAAACGACAGCUCCCUCAUUGCAAUUAUGAAGCAAUACGACGCCCUACAGGAGGCAAAACAACAGCAGCAACAGCAGCAACAGCCACAGCAACAGGAGCAGGAGCAGCAGCAGCAACAGGAGCAGCAGCAUACAUCAGAGUACGAAGGAAUUUAUUCGUCUGUUCCCUCUGCUAAUCGCCGCAUGCAAAUUCAUAUUUGUCGUUUGGUGGAGGGCAGCAUAACUUGGCAAGGCGACGCAAAUGCCUUUCUGGGUUUAAUAAAGAAGAAACGAGAAGAAGCAAAAGAAAAAGAAGAGAAAAAAGAAGAAGAAAAAGAAGAAGAAAAAGAAGAGGAAGAAAGCAUGGAAACAAUUGAAAAUAUUCUAGCGGCAGGAGAGGAAAGUCGCAGCAGAGAGAAAGAAGAAAAAGAAGGUGUAGAUACACCUCAACCUUUAAAAGCAGACUCUUUAUUUGAACCCCCUCAUAUUCCUCGCACUCUUCUCGCUGCUGAGGAAACCGCCAGCGGACUCGUAGCUUUCUCAUCUUACAUCUGUGAUUUGUGGCUGGCUCGCUGGACGGCCCUAGAAGACGGAGUAGAGACAACAGAAAAGGAUUUACUCAACAGCAGCAACAACAGCAACAGCAGCAGCAGCAGCAGCAGUUCCUUUGCUCCGAUUCACAAGCACUUCCUGCUCGUGUUUGUUGGGCUUGUGAGCGUUAAUAUGAUAUUCGAAUUAAUAGAAAAGAUUAUAGGUGCAGGGGGGUCUAUGCAGGCAGCAACAACAAUCCAUACACAACUCUGGACAGCCGUUUGUAAUGCUCCCAUGUGGUUUUAUGAUUAUAACACAGUGGGUCGCAUAUUAAAUCGAUUUGCAACAGACAUUUCUAUCAUUGACUUUGGUUGUUGUUCUAAGUAUGGCGUGCUAUUGGGUUAUUCCCGUCUGGCCAGCUACCUGCUAGACACACAAGUGCCUGCAGCAGGAGAAGAAGAAGAAAAAGAAUACCAGCAGCUUGCAGCAGUUGAGAAAAGCCUAGAAGAAAGACGACUUAAAGAAAAAGCCUUGAUUAUUCUGCCGGCACAACGCACAGGCGUUGAAUUAAAGAACGUAGAAAUCCGCUACCGUACAUACACCCCAGAAGAUAGGGGGGCCUUCCGAAAAGAGCAGCAAACACCUCUAGACGCAUCACAGCAGCAAAAGAUAACUGCAAAGGCUGCUCCAAUUACAGAAGGCAAUCAAAUAGCUAGAGAUUUGGAGGCCAACGAACCAGCAGCAGCAACAGCAGCAACAACAGCAGCAGCACGUCGCCCUGCUUUUCUCCUCCAGCCGAGCAUAAUUGACUUCUCUGCUCACGUAAAACCCGGAGAAAGAAUUGGAAUCGUCGGACGCACAGGAGCCGGUGGGUUGUCUUCUUAA